GAUCAUCACUUCCCCUUUUGUCAUCACUUCCAUCCAACCCAAUUGCGCUACCGACUGUGCGCACCGACCUUUCUAUACGCCACCGUCCCAUUGUUGUGUGUUCCUUGAAUGGCCCUCUCGACUGGUAUUGCUUGCUGCCGCUCGAAUCCCUACCCAUCUCAUCUCCCCAACCCCUUCUGGACAUCCUCUCUUCGCACCUCUCAACGCGCGGACGACUGUCUCUUCGCCGACAAACAACAGGCCUCUUCUGACAGCCAAAAUGACGUCCAUGGACCUGCGUGUUGGCGGCAAGUACCGUAUUGGCAAGAAGAUCGGCAGUGGCUCGUUUGGUGACAUCUACCUCGGUGUCAACAUUGUGUCCGGAGAGGAGGUUGCCAUCAAGCUCGAGUCAGUGAAGGCAAAGCACCCUCAGCUCGAGUACGAAUCGAAGGUGUACAAGUCGCUCGCCGGAGGUGUCGGCGUUCCAUUUGUUCGUUGGUUCGGCACUGAGUGUGACUACAAUGCCAUGGUCUUGGAUCUGCUUGGCCCGUCCCUCGAGGACCUCUUCAACUUCUGCAACCGCAAGUUCAGCCUCAAGACGGUCCUGCUCCUUGCCGACCAGCUGAUUUCACGCGUCGAGUACAUCCACUCGCGCAAUUUCAUCCACCGUGACAUCAAGCCUGACAACUUCCUCAUGGGCAUCGGCAAGAGGGGCAACCAGGUCAACAUCAUCGACUUUGGCCUCGCCAAGAAGUACCGGGACCCUAAGACGCACCUGCACAUCCCUUACCGCGAGAACAAGAAUCUUACCGGCACUGCCCGCUACACCUCGAUCAACACCCACUUGGGAGUCGAGCAGUCGCGUCGCGACGACCUCGAGUCUCUGGGCUACGUUCUUAUGUACUUCCUCCGUGGUCAGCUUCCAUGGCAGGGUCUGAAGGCGGCGACCAAGAAGCAGAAGUACGACCGCAUCAUGGAGAAGAAGAUGACGACUCCCACCGACAUUCUUUGCCGGGGCUUCGCCAACGAGUUCGCCAUUUACCUCAACUACUGCCGUUCGCUUCGCUUUGACGACAAGCCCGACUACUCGUACCUCCGCAAGCUCUUCCGCGAUCUCUUCGUUCGUGAGGGAUUCCAGUAUGACUACGUCUUCGACUGGUCGGUGCAGCCUCCUCCUCCCAAGGACGACGCCUCGAAGCGGUCGCCGCGCAGCACACUCCGCACCAUGGAGAUGGGCGGCCCUCGCCACAUCUCCCCCACCCAGGACAAUGCCAUUGACUCGCCGCAGCAGCGCCAGCUGCGCUCGCAGACGCGCAAGGACGCUCGUGACCCUCGCAGUGGGGCCUGGUAAGCCAGCUCCUGAGGUUGGUCGACG